ACGGUGCAGACAUUAAAAAAAAAAAAAAACCCUAGUCGGCUAAACAACUACAGGAGGAAGGGAAGAAAGGCAACCAAGAAGGCAGAAGGCUGCAGUCAAAAUAUUUUGAGGUGGCGAAGGCACAGUGGAUGCGGCUGUCAGUUUUGGCAGCCCAGAGAUUCUGCUCCCGCCUCCUCCCUCAAAACGGCUUCCAUGGCUACCCUCAGAUUCCCUCGAGCGGGUCAACCCGCAGCGUGUUGCAGGCUGGGACUCUAGAUUUAGGUUCCAAUCCUCCCCCCCGCAAACGCCCACGGUUGGGGUACCUGGUGGGCCGGGGCUGUGGCGGCGUCAGGCGGGCUGGCCAUGGGGAAGCUCGGGGCGCGCGGGGCUGCAGAGAGCCGUGCAGGCAACACGCUGCGCGUAGCUGGACGCGAAAGCCAGAGCCCGCGCGGCACGGGAUGCCACAGCCCGGGGCCCGGCGACAGAGCCAGGCGCAGGGAACGACGGAUCCCCUCCAACAUCCCUGGGGGAGGAGCCUCCAACGGUUUAGUCUCUCUUUUUCUUUAAUCGCGAAAACCAAAGCCGUAUUCCCUGCCACCGUUUCGUGUUGGGGCCCAAGAGAGCACGCCGCGAGACAGCGCUUUUCCAAGCGCAGGCACCUAUGGAGCAUCAUUAUUUACCAAAUAACCUCCAGGUGAGCCCGGAAGCGUCCCUGAGACAAGAUGAAAGAAGCCUCAGGGAAAUUCUCUUACAUCAGGGCAGCUUUUCCGUCGACCCCGGAUCAAACCGACAAAAAAAGCAGUUUCUGCCCCCGAGAGUCUGGCAGCUUGGAAUUGGUAUUUGUGUAUUGGCUCUUGUCCGCCACCAACUCCCCACGUGCAACCUAAAGAGGGAGAACGUGAA